GACAAGACUGAGAGCUAAACUUUCUCCUGGUUCAGAUGCAAGGCUAGGAGUGAAAAUGUCUCUUGGUUCUUUGAGGGGGGCUGGCCUAGGGCUGCUUUGCUUUCAGCUGUCAUUUUGAGCUGUCUCCAGCAGUGUGAAGAGGAGGGAGGAGAAAAGGAUGAAAGGAGGGGACUGGAGUCCAUCCAGUCUAUCCCAGCUCCUGCCAGGCUCCAUCUGACCCUAGGAGAGCAAUCCUGGACCCAAGCUCUGGCCAAAGAGCCUCUCUCCUCCACUCAGGCCAGGAGGUUGCUUUCUAGGAGCUCAGCAUGCAAAGGUGGACACUGUGGGCUGCAGCCUUCCUGACCCUCCACUGGGCACAGGCCUUUCCACAAACAGACAUCAAUAUCAGCCCAGCCCUGCCAGAGCUGCCCCAGCCUUCCCUGUGCCCCCUGUUCUGGAUGGAGUUCAAAGGCCACUGCUAUCGAUUCUUCCCUCUCAAUAAGACCUGGGCUGAGGCUGACCUCUACUGUUCUGAGUUCUCUGUGGGCAGGAAAUCCGCCAAGCUGGCCUCCAUCCACAGCUGGGAGGAGAAUGUCUUUGUGUAUGACCUCGUGAACAGCUGUGUUCCUGGCAUCCCAGCUGACGUCUGGACAGGCCUUCAUGAUCACAGACAGGAAGGGCAGUUUGAAUGGACUGAUGGCUCAUCCUACGACUACAGCUACUGGGAUGGCAGCCAGCCAGAUGAUGGUAUCCAUGCGGACCCAGAAGAAGAGGACUGCGUGCAGAUAUGGUACAGGCCUACCAGUGCUCUGAGGUCAUGGAAUGAUAACGCCUGCAGCCGAAAGUUCCCCUUUGUCUGUAAAAUCCCAUCUCUGGCCAUUCAUUGAUCCUGUCUUGUCCUACGGGUGUGAGCUCAACUCCAGUAUCAUCUUGUACCCAGUGUAGAAUUGAAACUAAAUACAUGUAAAACAUACAUAGGAGGUAAAUCUCUUGGAUAGAGAUUUUAAACAAGCAGAUCUUAAUUAUACAGGGUUGUGACUUGGCCAAUUGACAGGAAAUUAUACAGGGUGGUGACUUGGCCAGCUCAAAUUGGCUUAAUUAAUUUUUUAAAAAGGUGUUGUUGUUGCUUUUAAUUGGCCCAAGUAACAGAAAUCCAGGGGUUGUUCUGAUUCAGGGUUGAAUCUCACUGGGCUGGCUCAAGUCACAUGCCCAUCCCUGAAACAAUCCCUCUGGCAUAUGCUGAGUGGCUAGCCCCUGCUUAACUGCACAUCUCUGGGACAGAAUGGGGUGGGAGUCGCAUCAUCAGAGGGUCUGGGAGUGGGGAAAAAUGGGAGGAUGUUGGUCAAAGGAUACAAACUUUCGGAAAUAAGAUUAAUAACUUCAUGAGACUUAAUGUACAGUAUGGACUAGAGUUAAUAAUAAUGUAUUGUGUUCCUGAAAUUUACUAAGAUAGUAUUUUUUUUUGAGACAGUAUCUCACUCUCUUGCCUAGGCUAAAAUGUAGUGAUGCAAACGCAGCUCAAUGCAGCCUUGACCUCCUGGGCUCAUGUGAUCCUCCCACCUCCAGUUCCCAGAGUAGCUGGGACCAUAGGGCACUACAGGCAUGUGCCAUCACAUCUAGCUAAUAUUUUCUUUUUUGACAGAGUUCCACUCUUGUCACUCAGGCUGGAGUGAAGUGGUACAAUCUCACCUCAUUGCAACCUCCACCUCCCAGUUUCAAGUGAUUCUCCUGCCUCAGCCUCCCAAGUAGCUGGGAUUACAGGUGCUUGCCACCACACCCAGCUAAUUUUCAUAUUUUUAGUAGAGACAGCGUGUCAGCUUGUUGGCCAGGCUAGUCUAGAACUCCUGACCUCAGGGGAUCCACCCACCUCAGCCUCCCAAAGUGCUGGGAUUACAGACAUGAGCCACUUUGUCUGGCCAUGUAUUUUUUUUUUUUUAAUAGAGAUGAAGUUUCAUCAUGUUGUCCAAGCUGGUUUUGAACUCCUGGGCUCAAGGGGUCCACCCACCUCAGCCCAAAGUGCUGGGAUUAUAGUGUGAGCCACUGCACACAGCCAAGAGUAUAUCUUAUGUGUUCCCACCACCACAUGGGCUCAAAGAUGAGACUGGUUCUUCAAAGGAAAACAAAAAUAUUACCAAACUCAUAAGUUGCUGGUGGGAAUGUAAAAUAGUGAAGCCGCUGUGGAAAAGUUUGGCAGUUCCUCAAAAAGUUAAACAUAGAGCUAGAUCUGACCCAGCAAUUCCACUCCUAGAUCUAGACCCAAGAGAAUUGGAAACAGGUAUUCAAAUGUAAGUGGUCAGUUGGGCACGGGGGCUCAUGCCUGUAAUCCCAGCACUUUGGGAGGCCGAGGAGGAUCAGUUGAGCCCAGGAGUUGAAGAUCAGCCUGGGCAACAUAGCAAGACUCCGUCUCCAUAAGAAAAUGUUUUAAAUUAACCAAGCAUGGUGACACAGAUCUGUCGUCCCAGCUGUUCGGCAGGCUGAGAUGGGAGGAUCACUUGAGCCUGGGAUCUCAAGGCUGCAAUGAACCCUGAUUGUGCUACUCUAUUCCAGCCUGGGUGACAGAGAAAGACCUUGUCUCAAAAACCAAAACCAAAAGAUCACAGCAACAUUAUUGAUUUUAAAAAAAUGCAGGCAACCCAAGUGUUCGCCAACAGAUGAAUGACUAAAUAACUGUGGUCUAUUCAUAGGGUGGAAUAUUAUUCAGGCAUAAAAAGGAUGAUGUAAUGAUAGAUACUGCAACCUGAAUGAACCUGAAAAACUUUAUGCUGCCAAUCACAAAAGACCACAUAUUGUAUGAUUCCAUGUAUACGAAAUAUCCAGAAUAGGCAAACCUAUAGAGUCAGAAAGUGGAUUAGUGGUUGCUAGGGGAUGUGUGGAAGGGGAAUAGAAAGUGAGGGCUAAUAGGCAUGGGAUUUCUUUGUGGCUGACAAAAAUGCCCUGCAAUUAGACGGUGGUAAUGGUUGUACAAAAUUAUAAAUGAACAAGAAGCCACUCAACUUUACAUUUUUAAAUAGUAGUUAAUACAUUUUACAUUAUAUGAAUUCUUUAUUGUUAUUUUUUGGGUCUCACUCUGUUGCCCAGUCUAGGGUGCAGUGAUGCAAUUACUUCUCACUGCAGCCUCGACCUCUCAAGCUGGAGUGAUCCCCCUGCCUCACCUCCUGAGUAGCUGGGACUACAAAAGUGUAUCACCUCUCCCAGCUAUGUUUUUGCCUUUUCAUUUUUUUGUAGAGGCAGGGUUUCUGCACGUUGCCCAAGCUAGUGUCGAACUCUUGAGCUCAAGUAAUCUACCCGCCUCAGCCUCCCGAAGGGCCAGGACUACAGGCAUGAGCCACUAUGCCUGGCCCAUUAUGAAUUUUAUCUCAAUUUUUUAAAAUGUUACCAGAAGAAAGAAUGCAUGCCAGGCAGGAAGAACAAUAGAUAUUUAUUAGUAGAGAGAACCAUGAUCAGAGAGUCAGUAGACCUCAGUUCCAUUUCCAAUUCUCUGGGCCUUGUUUCUGCUUUGGUACAGACUGGGGUUGUGGGGUGACCUAAAAAUCAGGCCCUUCAGUACCAACAAGGAAACACAGGUUAAAAUAUGCAAAAGAAAAAUCAAUUAGCAUUUGGUAAAUUGUGUGGUUUCUCAGAUUUUUGCAGGAAUAUUCUUCUGAAAAGGAUGUUAAAAUGGGACUUUGCUAUGGCUUCAGAAUUGGUCCCAAUUGAAAACAGCAGGUUCUAAUUACCUCUGGUUCUGAAGAGAGCAACGAACACAUGGGACCAUUCAGCUACCCCUAGAGCUUACAUAAUGGUUUGCAGACCUGGCCUUACCACAGUCAACCACAUGAGUAGGGGAAGACAAAGACUGAGAUCCUUGGCCUUGUAGGGAACAUAGCGUCCACAGUGAAAAGGGUUUUUACCUUUUCUUUCUAUGGAAGUAGGAGGGGUUGCUUUCUCUCCAUCUCCAAUGUCAAAUGAGCAGAACUUUAAGAAACUACUUGUAGAGAUUGGGGUGCCCAGAAAGGUACACUGGCUUUUCGCUCCCCAGCAGAAUGUUGACUAUGUUCUUGAAAAUUCUGCCCUCCCCAGUACUACAUGGAGAGGAACUGGGUCAGAGACUUCUCAAGAAUGCUUCAUGCACCCAGACACAGUGGCUCAUGCCUGUAAUCCCAACACUUUGGGAAGCCAACGUAGGAGGAUCACUUGAGCCCAGGAGUACAAGAUCAGUAAGCAACAUAGUGAGAUCCCACCUCUACAAAAAAAAAGAAAAAAAAAAAGCCCGGUGUGGUGGCAUACACCUGUAGUCCCAGCUACUCUGGGGCUGAGGCUGGGAGGAUUGCUUUAGCCCAGGAGAUCCAGGCUGCAGUGAGCUACGAUCACGCCACUGCAUUCUAGCCUGGGUGACAGAGUGAGAUCCUGUCUCAUUAAAAAAACAAGCAAACAAAUAAAAAAGCAAAAGGAUGCUUUAUGCAUCCUGAGAAUUUAGGAGUGUAAGGAGGAAAAUGUUUCCUCUAUCCUCUUAUUUUCCUUUCUGGAGGCCUGUGACUCUAUCAAAAGACAGAUUAAUAGAAGAAGAGGCAUAGAAGUUUUGUAGAUGUUUUUACAUGCAGAGGGAUUUCAUAGAAAAGAAGUGAUAACCCGGCCGGGUGCGGUGGCUCAAGCCUGUAAUCCCAGCACUUUGGGAGGCCGAGGCGGGUGGAUCACGAGGUCAAGAGAUCGAGACCAUCCUGAUCAACAUGGUGAAACCUGGUCUCUACUAAAAAUACAAAAAAUUAGCUGACCAUGGUGGCGCGUGCCUGUAAUCCCAGCUACUCAGGAGGCUGAGGCAGGAGAAUUGCCUGAACCCAGGAGACGGAGGUUGCGGUGAACCGAGAUCACACCAUUGCACUCCAGCCUGGGUAACAAGAGCGAAACUCCGUCUCAAAAAAAAAGAGAAGAGAAGUGAUAACCCAAAGAGGUGGUUAGACUUGGGGGCUUAUUUACCGUUUUAACAAAGGGGGAUAAAUUGUGGAGAAGUGACUAGAAAAAGGAAAAGGGGGUUGGCUUUCUAGUGGUGGAAAAUCGUGGGAAGGUGACCAGGAAAUGGAUGGUAGAUAAAGAUUGUUUCGUAAGGUUUGUUAUGUAGACUCAAGUGAUCUCCAGGGUCAUUCACUUCUUCCUAGUACAGGAGAGGGGAUCAUGCUUAAAAUGGAAAUUUAUGUUACAUUUACAAAGAGAAAGUUAGGCUCUGUGUGUAGGCAAAUGUGGGGUCCUAACUAGGGAAAACUAGUCAGGCUGGUAGGACCAAGGGAAAGCAAAAAGAGAGAGCAGAUUAGCUAUCAGUCUGCCUUUCUUCAUGGUCCAGGACACAGAGCCCUCCUGCACAAAAAGCUCACAAUCUUUCUGUACCCAGCACUCAUCAGCCCCCUGCAGGUUAGCUCACUGCCCCCUUGGCAUUAUCAGUGCUGUACACAGCACUCUUUAGCAUAAGCACCAUUCCAUACAUCCCCAACAAGCCUUUGUUUCCUUGCUGACAGCCCCUUCUCUGCUGUGCUGCCCGUUGCAACCUCGCAACAUACGUUCAUAGUUUCUCUAAUAAAUAUGCCUUUUUUUUUUUU